CAUUUGGUUGGACGAAAAUCGAGUCAUUCACGUCAAUUGAGAAUUCACUUUCAGAAAUUAUUGACGUUUCAAGUAUAUUUAAGUAGGAGCUCGGACAUAUAGUAGUGUAAAAAAAUAAUUUAAUGAAAUAACAAACAACAAAAAUGAAAAUGAAAAUUAUAUUUGUGUUCGCGUUAAGUAUUGGAUUAACUAUAGCGCAAGGACAGAACUUUGGACAAGGCCAGCAGUUUCCACAGGCAGGCGCCGGUCAGUUUCAACAAGGAGCUGGUGCCAAUCAAUUUCCACAAGCGGGUGGUGGGGCACAAUUUCAACAGGGAGCUGCACAACAAUUUCCACAAGCAGGUGGUGGAGCACAAUUCCAACAGGGAGCUGCACAACAAUUUCCACAAGCAGGCGCAGGCCAAUUCCAACAGGGGGCUGCACAACAAUUCCCACAAGCAGGUGCAGGUCAGUUUCCGCAAGCAGGCGCAGGUCAAUUUCAACAGGGUGCGGGUGCACAAUUUCCGCAGGCUGGAGCAGGACAGUUUCAAGGACAAGCAGGUGCUGGACAGUUUGCAGGACAAGCCGGAGCUGGACAAUUUGCAGGACAGGGAGCUGGUGGACAGUUUCCAGGCCAACCUGGUGCUGGACAAUUUCAAGGUCAAGCAGGCGCUGCACAGUUUCCAGGACAAGCAGGCGGAGGACAAUUUCCUGGACAGCAGCCGGCAGCCGGACAGUUUCAAAAUGUUGGGGGUUUUGGUAACCCUUUUGGCGGAGUUGGUAACUUUUUAGGAGGCAAUGAUGGAACAUUUGGCGCAAAUGGACAACCCGGAGUACCUGGACAACCCACUGCACCGGGUCAACAACCAGGUGCAGGAAGACAAUUUUUCAUGAACUUAUCACAGAAUCCAAACAAUUACAGAUACGCCACCUGUUAUUUCAACAGUUCCAUCAGCAACAUUAAGGGUAGAGCGGAUUUCAGACAAUUUUUAUACGGAAAUCCAGCAGUAGAUAUCAGAAUACAAGUUGUUGGUCUACCCCGAUCCCCAGUCGACACACAGAGAGGAGUUCACAUCCACGAAUAUGGGGACAAUGGUGACAGCUGUUCCAGAGUAGGACCACAUUAUAACCCAACACAAACAAGACAUGGUGGCAGAAAUAGUUUUGCAUUUUUGAGACAUGUUGGUGAUUUGGGAAAUAUGCUCCAGUCCAAAGAAGGUGUAUCCUCCACACAGUUCAGAGACAGCGUUAUCUCAUUGGCUGGUAGGAACAGUGUCAUCGGAAGAUCACUAGUUAUCAAACUUGAACGUGACGAUGAAGGAACAGGUACCAACAGUGCUAGUCAGAUGAAUGGUAACGCUAGAACUCCACUGGCUUGUUGUACUGUUGGGAGAGCUAGUAAUUCUAACUGGGCCAAACCUUACUCUGAACAAGAUUUAGCAGCUUUGUCUGGUGGUGUGUUUGUACCUAGUAAUACUAAUACAGCUCCAACACAAGUUCAACCUCAAGGAAAUAAUGGACUAACAUUUGGCUCUAACACCAAUACUGUUAACCAACCAACAAAUAAUGGUUUCAACCAACCAGCCAAUACAGGAUUCAACCAACAAACAAACACAGGAUUUAACCAACCAGCUAAUACAGGAUUUAACCAACCAGCUAAUACAGGAUUUAACCAACCAGCGAAUACAGGAUUCAAUCAACCAGCUAAUACAGGAUUCAACCAACCAGCCAAUACAGGAUUCAACCAACCAGCCAAUACAGGUUUCAACCAACCAGCUAAUACAGGAUUCAAUCAACCAGCCAAUAAUAACGCAGCUCAGCCAUUACCACAACCGCAACCACAGCCACAACCACCAACUAAUGCAGGUGGUGGUGGAAAUCCAUUCUUAAGCUUUGGAACUGGCGGCGCUGGUGCCGCAGGAGUUGGUGGUGGAGCAACCAAUCCAGGAACAUUCAAUUUCGGUAGAAGGAAGUAAAUUGUGAUUGCUGACACCAAGUGUAAAACAAUGCAUCUCUCAGUGCUUUAUAUGUAUGGGUAUGACCCUAUAGUUAAUAUAAGAUGAUAAAACUAAAAGCCACCACAGGUCUGACACAAAGAGGCUUUUAUCUCAUUAACUAAAGACUUAUUUAUGUUUGUACUAUUAUUGUGUAUAAAUUUUGUUAAAUACUAUUUGUAAUAAAAUGUUAUAAAAACCUUA